AUGUCCCACGAAGCCGCUGUCUUGGCCUUUCGCGUCCUGGCAGGCUGCUCCUACCUCGUGAUGCUCAGCAGCCCGUCGCUCAACAUCUACCGCGUGCACAAGGCAAAGAGCGUGGGCGUGCAGUCGAUUUUUCCGCUUGUCGCUUUGCUCGCAAACUCCCACCUAUGGAUGAUGUACGGCUACCUGGCCAAGAUUUACUUUCCCGUGUUCUCCUGCUUCCUCAUGGGCGACUUCGCAGCCGUGAUUUACCUCACCAUCUACUACCGCUACUCGAACAACCACAGCUACGUGAUUCGCUCCAUCGCUGCAGUGCUGGCCAUCCUCGCAAUUCUAAGCGCGUAUGCAAUAGCUGGCGGACUUGGGCACACGAACCAGUCCCGACACGAUGUCAGCACGGUACUCGGUUUCUUCGCUGACAUCGCCAGUGUCUGCUUGUACUGUGCGCCGAUGGAGAAGCUCUACAUGGUGCUCAAGCACAAGUCCGCGGUCUUCAUCGACCUGCCCAUGGUGCUCGCCGGCUACAUGAACAACAUGAUCUGGCUCACGUUCGGCAGCUUGAUCCAGAAUUAUUUCAUGAUCUCGAUCAACAUUUUCUUCUUCACCAUGAACUCGAUCACUCUCGUGGUGUACCAGAUCUACAACCCGAAGACGCAUCCGCUCAAGGACGGCUGGGACGCAAUCUCAAGCAGAAGCUCAAAGGUCGACGACUUCCACAUCCAAGUGUCCGUGGAUGUUUCGGAGGAUCUGAAGAAGGUACCUGACAUGAAGAGCGACAAGGUCAUCAUGGAACCACCAAUUCCGCACCACGAAGUCAACCACUUGCGUGUGGAGCCAGCUAUCGCGGAUUAA